GACGCGUCCCCUCCCCGCCGGGAGCGCGCGCCUCCCGCUCUCGCGCCGGGUCCCUCUCGGUCUCUCGGAGCCCCGCACUCUCCGGAGCUCCUGCCCCGGUGUCGCGUCGGCCGCGGCUCUCUAGCCCGGAGGCUCAGCCUCGGCGCGUCGGAGCCGGGUCUCAGGCCUCUUCCACUCCUGCCGCCACUCCUCUUCCCUUUCCCGCUCUUCUCUCCCACCCGGUCCACCGAGGGAGCCUGGAUACGAAGCAGGCAGGCUCGAGAAGGGAGUUGGAAAAAUGGAGGUGCCGCGCCUGGAUCAUGCCCUCAACAGCCCCACCAGCCCCUGUGAGGAGGUGAUCAAAAACCUCAGCCUGGAGGCCAUUCAGCUGUGCGACCGGGACGGGAACAAAUCACAAGACAGUGGCAUAGCAGAGAUGGAAGAACUUCCCGUACCACAUAACAUCAAAAUAAGCAACAUCACAUGUGACUCAUUCAAGAUUUCAUGGGAAAUGGAUUCAAAGUCAAAGGACCGUAUUACACACUAUUUCAUUGACCUCAAUAAGAAAGAGAACAAGAACUCUAAUAAAUUUAAACACAAGGAUGUUCCAACAAAAUUGGUAGCAAAAGCUGUUCCCUUGCCCAUGACGGUCCGUGGACACUGGUUUUUGAGCCCAAGAACUGAGUAUACAGUAGCAGUGCAGACUGCUUCAAAACAGGUUGAUGGUGAUUAUGUUGUGUCUGAAUGGAGUGAAAUUAUAGAAUUCUGCACAGCAGACUAUUCAAAAGUUCAUCUAACACAGCUGUUGGAGAAAGCCGAAGUGAUUUCAGGACGGAUGCUUAAAUUUUCUGUUUUUUAUCGUAACCAACACAAAGAAUAUUUUGACUAUAUUCGAGAACAUCAUGGGAAUGCAAUGCAACCAUCUGUCAAGGAUAACAGUGGUAGCCAUGGCUCUCCUAUCAGUGGAAAAUUAGAAGGCAUCUUCUUCAGCUGCAGCACUGAAUUCAAUACUGGGAAGCCACCCCAGGAUUCACCUUAUGGAAGAUACAGGUUUGAGAUUGCAGCAGAAAAACUUUUUAACCCCAAUACUAACUUAUACUUUGGGGACUUCUACUGUAUGUACACUGCUUAUCAUUAUGUGAUUCUUGUUAUUGCCCCUGUGGGAUCACCAGGAGAUGAAUUUUGUAAGCUGCGCCUUCCUCAGCUAAAUUCCAAGGAUAAUAAAUUUUUGACCUGCGCAGAAGAAGAUGGGGUGCUGGUUUACCACCAUGCCCAGGAUGUCAUUUUAGAAGUCAUUUACACUGACCCUGUGGAUCUUUCUCUGGGCACUGUAGCAGAAAUCACUGGUCAUCAGCUCAUGAGUUUGUCUACUGCAAAUGCAAAGAAAGAUCCCAGCUGCAAAACCUGUAAUAUCAGUGUUGGACGUUAAUGCCCACUUUUCUUAUUCUUACUCAGUCCCUUUUCUUCCUGUAGGAGCAUUGAUCCUCUGUUGUCCAUUUUCAUCACCAGAUGUUUUCCACUGAAGCAUGCACAUGCCGCUAUCACCAAAAGCAAAUUGUCAUUUUUCAGAUAUCAUUCAGAGCCGUUUUAGUGUUUCCUACUCCCUGCCCUUCCCAUUACUUUCAAUGAUGAAAGUUCUCCUCUGACACUUUAUUGCCUAGAUGCUGCAAUGUUUUUAUUUUUCCUUUAUGCCAAACAUAACAAAACAAUUAUAUAAACUGCUUUAGCAAAAUACAAAAUAACGGCUUAUAAAUGGUGUUUAAAUAUGCAUUCAUUUUAAUCUACUGAACAAAUAUUGGGAUAACUCCAAACCGCAUGAAAGGGUGUAAUUGCAGCAUGAGUUAAAUCUUGAAGCCUAGAAUUGUCAGCACUUCCAACUUGUUGUUUGACAGUGUUAUUUAUGUUAUUUAUAUUAGCUAACAGGAAACAACUAUUGUGUUCAACAUAAUAAAUAUAAUAGAAAAAUAUUUUAUUUGUAUUGUUGUAUAAAAUAUUUACAAUCAUAUAGAAUAUAUAGAGUUACAUUUUAAUAGCAAUUGUAUACAUGUCAUGAAACCAUUUCCCUUAUCAAAGAUGUGGUUUGUAAACUUCAAAUAGUUGUGUAUCUGUCCUGUUACAAGUAGAUGAUUUCAAUUAAACAAAUUUAUGAAGGACAUCAAUCUGAUUCAUAGAAGUUAUAAAAUAUCAGGUAAAUACAGAGAAAACAAUGAGCCUCUGAAAUACUCUGCUUCUGAGAGUCAAUAUUCUUCCCAUCCAAACUAUAUGAAAAUGUGAAUUUGUUCAACAUCAUGCUUAAACAUUACAGAAAACAGAAAUACAAACGUGGUUGGUACAAGA